AUGUCACACUGCCACGAUGAACACGACCACCACGGCCAUGAUCACUCGGAAGGCGCCGCGCACGAUCAUACUGAUGAUCUGACGCCAGCCCUUCAGAAUCAUAUCUACGAGCAGAUCGACUUCGGCGCCAUCAACACAUUGAACGAAUCAGUGUCUCGAGCCGGCUCAACCAUAGUCCAAAAGACAUGGACUGAUCGCCUCGAUGCCGAGCCCGAACUCGUCUCGGAUGCAGAUGAACAGCUCCUGAUGCACAUUCCGUUCACUGCCCAAAUACGCCUUCACAGCAUCCUGAUUAGGACCUCGAUGACCGACUCUGCACCGAUGACCUUGAAAGUCUACGUCAACCGCGAAGGCCUCGACUUCUCGACUGCCUCCGAUCUCCAACCGACACAGACAUUGGAGCUGGCGCAGUCGAAUGAGGUACAAGAGGUGCCCGUGAAGAGGGCGUUGUUCAAUACUGUCAGGUCGCUGGACCUCUUUUUUGAAGACAACUGGGGCAGAGGAGACGAGGAUGAGACCAGAAUUAGUUACAUGGGGUUCAAAGGAGAGUGGAUGAAAUUGAGCAGAGAGCCCGUCAACUUCUUGUACGAGGCGGCUGCAAAUCCGAAGGAUCAUACGUUAGCAAGUGGAGUCGGUGAGAGGAUGGGGAGUGACAUAAGUGGUGCCGGAGGACGGCAUGGCAUGUGA